AUGAUCGGCCCUCACACAGAAAUCCAGGGCUUGAUUACUCCGGGUGACUGGGUCGAUUUCUUCCGCUAUGUCUCCGAGCCCUAUGAAGGCAUUCUGGUGCCCGAGACCGACAAUCGCGAUCUGAAGUCGAUUUUGAUUCCCAAGGUCAUGGCUGCCAAGGGCAAGUUUGACGUCGUCUUUCAGCCUCACUAUGUGCCUCCGGAGGUCAGCGAAUGGACGAAGGAGGAUGAGAAGCUGCCCGAAGGCAACGAGGGGUAUUUCUUGCGCUCGAACACUGGACCCCGAUGGAUGCUGGGAGGAGUCAUGUCCCGGCCGUUCGUUACUACCAAGCAAAGCGAUAAUGUCUGUGCUAUCUCUAGCAUUGAGUCAUCGAAAGAAUAUGGUGAGACAGUUUUCUCGAGAUAUAUGACUUUCGAGAAGGUGGAUCACUGCUUCUGCAUCAUGGAGGGUACCCUCAAGGUUAGCUUGCAAGGAUCUGGGGAAACCCUCUUCCGCGAAGGCGAGACUGUCGUGAUCCCUGCUGGACAGGCUUUCUCUCUUGGAUUCGAGAGCAGAUAUGUCAAGGUCCACUCCUUCAGUGAUGGUGAUGGUAUCGAGGCCUUGAUUCAUCAGCUCGGCAAGCCUAUCGAGGAGGUUGUACUGCCGGAUAAGGCUCCUGAAUGGGACGCCUCCCAAUUGGCUUCCGUAGCGAAGCAGCUCAAUGUGAGCCUCUAG